CCGCCUCCUGGAAAGCUGAGCAUGGGAGCACAUGUGACCACCAGUGCCUGAUCUGGGUUUGUGCGUGUGGGAGAGGAGGUAAGCUGAGGAGCAGGAAGUAUGUGCAGGGCAGGUGGCACAUGUGCUCAGGGCCACUCUGAUGUCUGGGUCUGCUGGGGUAUCCCACUCUUGGGGUGUCUCAGUGUCGGGGUGUUUGUCACUGUUGGGCUUUGCUGAGCCAGGCCAGGCUCUGGCACUGUUCCUCAUCCUCCUACUUCAGGUCAAGCCCUUUCUCAUGGUUCUGUUAAGGAAGGUGACCUGCCACACCUAGGAGAGGCUGGACACGGGCCCGUGUCUGCCAACUGUCCAGGGGUGGAGAGAGGGGCUGGCCGUGAGACUCCCCUGCCCACCCCCCACGUGGGCCUCUGAAGGGUCCCAAACAGAAGGGAGCACUUCAGACUGGUCACCAAGAGAUCUGGCUCCUUCCUGGCCCUGUGGUCACUGCUGGGCAUCUGAUCUGCUUUGCUGAGGCAUGGAGGCAAAAGAGGUCUCAGAGGCUGAAGACAGAGCUGAGGAUCCAGGUUCUGAAAAUAAAGGCCAGCCUGAUGCUGCUCAGCCUGAUUUCCCACCAGGAGGGCAGACCCCUGGCCCCACUGCCCUCUGGGAGAUGCUAGAAAGGAAGUUUCUGGAAUACCAGCAGUUGGCUCCCAGGAGCCCAGCUGAACAUCAGAAGAGCCUGUUGAAUCUUCUCCCGCUAUUCCUAAAGGCCUGGGAACACUCCGUGGGGAUCAUCUGCUUUCCCAGUCUCCAAAGGCUGGCUGAAGAUGUUUCCAACCAACUUGCCCAAGAAAUACAGAAGGCACUGGUGGGAAAGCCUGCAGAGCAAGCACGGGUGGCAGCUGGGCAGUUGCUGUGGUGUAAGGGAGAUGCGGAUGCAGAGCAGGAUGGCCACCUGCUCCUGAAGUCAGUGUACGUGCUCACGGGGACAGAUUCGGAGACGCUGGGCAGAGUUGCCGAAUCGGGGCUCCCAGCCCUGCUCCUCCAGUGCCUUUACCUCUUCUUUGUCUUUCCUCUGGGAAAGAAAGAGCUUUUUGAGAGUGAUGUUCAAGUUCAGAGGAUGUUUGUGCAGAUGUUGCUCAACAUUUGCGGUGAGGCUCAGGGUCUGGAGGGACUUCUCUCUGGAAACGAGCUCCAGUCUCUUGUGAUUGCCACGACGUGUCUUCGGGAGCACAGCUGCUCCUUUUGGAAGGAGCCCACCUUCUGUGUGCUGAAGGCAAUCUCCAAGGCCCAAAACCUUAGCAUCAUCCAAUACCUGCAGGCCAUGGAUUGCAUCAAGAUCUCCCUCCAGAACCUCUCCAGGCUUGCAGACACUCUCCCUGCUCCCGAGGUGAGCGAGGCACUGAGCCUCGUCUUGGGCUUUGUGAAGGACUCCUACCCUGUCUCCUCUGCUCUGUUCCUGGAGUUUGAGAAUGGGGAGGGCUACCCUCUGCUACUCAAAGUGUUACUUCGGUAUGACGGGCUGACCCAGAGUGAAGUGGACCCCCACCUAGAGGAGCUCCUUGGGCUGGUGGUGUGGCUGACAACCUGUGGGAGGUCAGAGCUGAAGGUGUUCGACAGCAUCACUUACCCGCAGCUGGAAGGCUUCAAGUUCCAUCACGAGGCUUCUGGGGUGACCGUGAAGAAUCUUCAGGCCUUCCAAGUCCUGCAGAAUGUUUUCCACAAAGCCAGUGACCCUGUCCUCUGCACCAAAGUCCUGUCAUCCAUCAGGACCAUGUGGGCCUGGAACGCCCGCAACUUCUUCCUGCUGGAGUGGACCCUGCAGCCCAUCUCGCAGUUCGUGGAGGUCGUGCCCCUGAAGCCGACCCUGGUGCAGAUGCACUUCUUCCAGCUGCUGGAGGUCCUGGUGUUUGAGCUGCAUUACGUGCCCCAUGAGAUCCUGCGGAAGGUGCAGCGCCUGAUCCAGGAGAGCCCAGAGCCGCUUGUCACCCUCGUGGCCUUGAAAACUGUCCUCAGGAUUGCCGGCGGGGACCCGCUCUUCACUGACAUCUUCCGGGACUCGGGGCUCCUGGGCCUGCUGCUAGCCCAGCUACGGAAGCAGGCUAAGAUCCUGAGGAAGUCAGGAAACAAAGAGUCCAAUCCUGGAGUUCAGGAUACAGAAAGAGAACUGACUUGUGUGAUGCUGAGAACUGUGGUCACGCUUCUGAAAGGAUCGGUUCGGAAUGCAGUUGUCCUGAAAGACCACGGCAUGGUGCCCUUCAUCAAGAUCUUCCUGGACGAUGAGUGCUACCGGGGAGCCUCGCUCAGCAUCUUGGAGCAGCUCUCAGUCAUCAACGCCGAGGAGUACAUGAGCAUCAUUGUGGGCGCUUUGUGCUCGUCCACUCAAGGGGAACUGCAGCUGAAACUGGAUCUCCUGAAGUCUCUGCUCCGGAUCCUGGAGACACCCAAAGGCCGUGCCGCUUUCAGAGUCUCCAGUGGGUUCAAUGGGCUGCUGUCCCUGCUCUCUGACCUGGAGGGGUCUCUCCGGGAGCCCCCACUGCAGACCUGGGGGGCAGUGUCCCCCAGCCAGACCCUGGACCUGGUCCUGCACACCCUCUGUGCUGUGUCUGCAGCACUGUACCUGGACCCUGUCAACGGUGACUUCUUUAGGAGGACCGGGCUGUUUGAGAAGCUGGCAGAGGACCUCUGCUUGCUGGGCUGUUUCGGGGCCCUGCAGGAAGAGGGCGCUCCUCCGCACUCCUGGCAGGACACAAAGGCCAGGCCAUUUGCCGAUUUGAUGAGUGCGGCUUUUUCCUCUGCCAGCCCACUCCCACCCAAGAUACAGAGCUGCCUCCAGAUCCUCAGCUUCCUGGACAGCAUGGCCCGAGGCACCCUCCACCUGUGCAAGGACCUGAAGGACUCCCCGAGGGCGAGGCAGGAGGCGGUUGUGGACGCUCAGAAGGGAGAAGCCGGCAGUGACCCCCAGGGAAACUUCAAGCAGUGGCCAGACCUGGAGGACAGGACAGAUGAAGGUGAUGCUGUGAUCAUGCACCCGGGGAUCCUGUGCGUCAUGGUGAGGCUGCUGCCUCAGUUGUACCAUGAAGAUCACCCUCAGCUUUCCGAGGAGAUCCAGUGCUCCGUGGCCAGUCACAUCCAGUCCCUGGUGAAGUCGGAGAAGAACCGUCAGGUCAUGUGUGAGGCGGGCAUGCUCAGGACCCUUAUGACCUACUGCCACCAGGCUCUGACCACCAGCAGCAGCCCCUUGCACUCGGGGCUCAUCAGGAUUUUUGAAAAGCUUGCUUCCCAAGCCAUUGAACCAGACGUGUUAAGACAGUUUCUAGGUUUUGGAAUUGCUCCACCGCCAUCGGCUGCAGCGGAAAUCCUCCGUUCAUCUCACGUACGUGGAGCGGACUCUGGAUGCCCAGGGUCACAGGCAGUGACACCGGUGCCUGCUGAGGAUCCCCUGGACACCAGCCCUCGCUCCGCAGUCACACAGGCCCGCAGGCCCUCAGGGCCAUCCCAGGGCUCAACCACCGCCCUUCAGACAGCACUGAGCCUCAUCUCCAUGACCUCCCCACGCAACCUGCAGCCUCAGAGGGCAGCCCUGGCUCCAUCCUUCGUGGAAUUUGACAUGUCUGCGGAAGGUUAUGGCUGUUUGUUUAUUCCAACCCUGUCUACGGUGAUGGGAACCAGCACUGAAUACUCGGUCUCUGGAGGGAUUGGGACAGGCGCUGCCAGGUCCUUCCCUCCGCCAGGGGGCCUGACCUUUUCCUGCUGGUUCCUGAUCAGCAGGCACAGCUCAGUCACGGAGGGCCACCCGCUGCGCUUCCUGACCGUGGUACGCCACCUGGCCAGGACCGAGCAGCCCUUCGUCUGCUUCUCCGUCACCCUCUGCCCGGAAGACCUCUCCUUGGUUGUGUCUACAGAAGAGAAAGAGCUUCAGCCCCUGGAUGUCAUGGAACCCGAGGGUGACCCUGAGCCUUCUGCGGGACGCCAGCUUCGGGUCAGGUGUGGCCAGAUGCUGGCCUGUGCUCAGUGGCACCACCUGGCUGUGGUUGUCACCAAGGAGAUGAAAAGGAAUUGUACUGUUUCCACCUAUCUGGAUGGACAGGUCAUCGGCUCAGCUAAGAUGUUGUACAUUCAGGCCUUACCAGGACCAUUCCUUUCAAUGGAUCCAUCUUCAUUUGUGGAUGUUUAUGGAUAUAUUGCUACCCCUCAAGUUUGGAAACAAAAGUCAUUAUUAAUAUGGCGUCUGGGCCCUGCGUACCUCUUCGAAGAAGCCAUCUCAAUGGAAACUCUGGAAGUUAUUAACAAACUUGGCCCAAGAUACUGUGGUAACUUCCAAGCUGUGCAUGCCCAAGGAGAGGACCCUUGUAUGGAAGUGAUGCCCCUGGUUGCAGAGGAAAGGGUUUCCUUUGGCCUUCAUAUAGCCAGCUCCUCCAUCACCAGCGUUGCAGACAUCAGAAACGCAUACAAUGAGGUGGACAGCCGCCUGAUUGCCAAAGAGAUGAACAUUUCAUCCCGCAACAAUGCCACGCCUGUGUUCUUGCUAAGAAAUUGUGCUAGUCACCUCUCGGGUUCUCUUCGAACCAUUGGAGCCGUGGCCAUAGGCCAAUUAGGGGUAAGGGUGUUCCACUCCAGCCCUGCUGCCAGCAGCCUGGACUUCAUCGGUGGCCCUGCCAUCCUCCUGGGCCUCAUUUCCUUAGCAACAGAUGACCACACCUUGUACGCGGCCGUGAAAGUCCUGCACUCGGUCCUGACCAGCAAUGUUAUGUGUGAUCGCCUGAUGCAGCUCAUCUGUGGGUACCAGAUAAUGGCGUUUCUCCUGAGGAAAAAGACCUCUUUCCUAAACCAUCGCAUUUUUCAGCUGAUCCUGUCUGUUGCCGGCACCGCAGAACUGGGCUUUGGGUCCUCUGCUAUCACCAACAUUGGUGUCUUCCAGCACAUCCUCUGCAAUUUCGAGCUCUGGAUGAAUGCUGCGGACAACUUGGAGCUCUCCCUCUUUUCCCAUCUUGUGGAAAUCCUUCAAUCACCAAGGGAAGGACCCCGGAAUGCUGAAGUUGCUCACCAGGCGCGGCUUAUUCCCAAGCUCAUCUUCCUCUUCAACGAGCCAGGCCUCGCCCCCUCCAAGAUACCCACCAUCAUUGCCAUCCUGGGCUGUCAGCUGAGGGGCCACUUCAGCCUCCAGGACUUGCACAGAAUCGGGCUGUUUGUUGUGUACACCCUCAAGCCUUCAUCGGUGAACGAGAGGCAGAUCUGCGUGGAUGGAGCCCCGGACCCCUCCGUGCCUGCUGGAAGUCAAACAUCUGGAAAGACAAUCUGGCUCAGAAACCAGUUGCUGGAGAUGCUGCUCAGUGUAAUAUCUUCUUCCCGACUUCAUCUGUCCUCUGAGACAAAGGAAGAGGUGUUUCUGAACCUGGGGCCCGAUUGGUUCCUGCUGUUCGUGCAGGGCCAUGUGCACCCCAGCACAGUGGUGCUGGGAUUGAAGCUGCUGCUGCACUUUUUGUCAAACCCCUCCCUCCGUGGGCGAUUUAAAGAUGGCCUGUCUGCGGGGUCCUGGGUGGAACGCAGCUCUGAGGGCGUGGACAUCAUGAUGGAUAACCUGAAGAGCCACCCUCCCACGCCUGACCAGAGCCCCUGCCUGCUUCCUGGGUUCCAAGUCUUGAGUGACUUUCUGGCCCACCAUGUUCAUAUUCCGGAAGUCUACCUCAUCGUGUCCACCUUCUUCCUACAAACACCACUUACAGAGCUGAUGGACGGGCCCAAAGACAGCCUGGAUGCCAUGCUUCAGUGGCUCUUGCAUAAACACCACAGGGAAGAAGUCCUCCGGGCUGGGCUGUGCACUGAAGGUGCCCUGCUGCUCCUGGAGAUGCUGAAAGCCACCAUGAGCCAGCCCUCGACAGGUUCUGGAGACAGCGCCUGGGAACAGACAUUCCCAGCCAGCGUGCUGCAGUUCCUUGGCCUCGUGCACAGCACCUACCCCCAGGAUCCGGCCUGGCGGGCCCCAGAGUUCCUCCAGACCUUGGCUGCAGUCACCUUCCCCCUGGGAACCCAUCAGGGGGCCGUGACAGAGGCUACCCAGGACACCAGCAGUCCUGAGGCCGAGCCUGAAGGCACCAGCACUGAGGAGGGGCUGCAGGCUCCUGCGGAGUCACAUCCCACCCGGAAGCAGCUGAGGGAAUUCAUGCAGCUACUCUUGAGGGAGCUCUUGCUCGGGGCUCCCAACCCCAAGCAGUGGCUGCCGCUGGAGGUGCUCCUGGAGGCUUCUCCAGACAAUGCCACCGGCCAACAGAAGCGAGACUUUCAAUCUGAGGUCUUGCUUUCCACCAUGGAAAUAUUUCACAUGAUGAGUGGAGGUCAGGCACCAAUGCUUAGAGGCAGUAGAGAGCCUCAGCCAAAUGCAGAAGCUGCUGCUGCUCCUUCACUUGCCAGCAUCUCCUACUUCAUCCAGAAGCUGGUGGAGAAGCUGUACAGUGGAAUGUUCUCAGCAGACCCCAGGCACAUCCUUCUCUUCAUCACGGAGCACAUAAUGUUGGUCAUCGAGAAUGCCUCUUCUCAGAGAGACGCUGUCAUCGGUGCUCUAUACAGCAGUUUAAAUAAAGUCAUUCUUUAUUGCCUCUCCAAGCCCCAGCAGUCCCUCUCCGAAUGCCUCAGCCUUCUCAACAUCCUGGGAUUUCUUCAGGAACACUGGGACAUUAUCUUUGCCACCUAUAAUUCUAACGCCAGCUUCCUCAUGUGUCUCAUGCAUUGUCUUCUGCUGCUCAAUGCAAGAAGUUACCCAGAAGGAUUUGGAUUGGAACCCAAGCACAGAAUGACUCCUUAUCAUCAAGUCUUUCUUUCUCCAAAUGAAGAAGUGAGAGAAAAAAGAGAAGACUUCCCAAGCUUGAGCAAUGUCCAGCACAACAUCCAAAAGACUGUUCAGGCUCUCUGGCAGCAGCUCGUGGCACAGAGACGGCAGGAGCUGGAGGAUAACUUCAAGAUUGAUCUUUCUGUGAAACCUGGAGAGAGUGAAGUGAAGAUUGAGGAGGUCACCCCACUCUGGGAAGAGACGAUGCUAAAGGCCUGGCAGCAUUACCUAGCAUCUGAAAAGAAGUCACUGGCCAGUCGCUCAAGUGUCGGACACCACAGCAAAGUCCCUUCGUGGAGUGGAAGCUUGUCCUCAGCCAUGAGGUUGAUGCCCGGGCGGCAGACCAAGAACCCUGAGUGCAAAGCAGAGGACUUCGUGUCAUGUAUCGAGAACUACAGACGAAAAGGACAGGAACUAUAUGCAUCUCUAUACAAAGAUCAUGUACAGAGGCGGAGAUGUGGCAAAAUCAAGGCAGCCAACGACUGGGCCAGGAUCCAGGAGCAGCUUUUCGGGGAGCUGGGCUUGUGGCGUCAGAUGGCAGAAGCCACACCCUGCUCCCGGUGGGAACUGGACUGGAGAGAAGGACCAGCUCGCAUGAGGAAACGUAUCAGACGCUUGUCUCCGCUGGAGGCCCUGAGUCGAGAAAGGCUCAAGGAAAGUCAGGACAGAAAUGGUGAUAUUUCUCAGUUAAAUGCUGAAAACCAAGAUGGAGUGACACCACAGGAAGCUGAGAGCGAGAGAGAUGAGGCAGUAGACUGCACCCAGCUGACCUUCUUCCCCGCCUUACACGAAAGCCUGCACUCUGAAGAUUUCUUGGAACUGUGUCGGGAGAGACAAGUCAUUUUACAAGAGCUUCUUGAUCAUGAAAAGGUGACACAGAAGUACUCCCUGGUCAUCGUGCAGGGUCACCUGGUCUGCGAAGGGCUCCUGCUCUUUGGCCAGCAGCACUUCUACAUCUGCGAGAACUUCACACUCUCUCCCGUGGGUGAUGUCUACUGCACCCGCCACUGCUUAUCCAACAUUAGCGAUCCAUUCAUCUUCAACAUGUGCAGCAAAGACAGGUCCUCCGACCAUUACUCAUGCCAGCGCCACAGCUACGGUGACCUCAGGGAGCUCCGGCAGGCACGCUUCCUCCUGCAGGACAUUGCCCUGGAGAUCUUUUUCCGAAACGGAUAUUCCAAGUUUCUUGUCUUCCACAACAGUGAUCGGAGUAAGGUCUUCAAAAGCUUCUGCUCUUUCCAACCUGGCUUGAAAGGAAAAGGCUUCACGGAGGACCCGCUCAACCUAAGGAGAUACCCCGGCUCCGACAGGACCAUGCUGCAGAAAUGGCAGAAAAGGGACAUGAGCAAUUUCGAGUAUCUCAUGCACCUCAACACCCUGGCCGGGAGGACCUACAACGACUACAUGCAGUAUCCAGUGUUUCCCUGGGUCCUGGCUGACUAUACCUCGCAGACAUUGAACUUGAUGAAUCCCAAGACUUUCCGGGAUCUCUCGAAGCCCAUGGGGGCUCAGACCAAGGAAAGGAAGCUGAAAUUCAUCCAGAGGUUUAAAGAAGUUGAGAAGACCGAAGGUGCUGUUCCUCUGGCUCCACCAGGCACUGCUGGAUCCUUCCCAGAGAGGCAGGCCAGAGGAGCAUCAGCUCUCCCCAGCUGUGUCCCAGGCAGAGCCCACUUUUGUACCAUUCUCUCCCAUACUAACCUGGGUGUGCAUUGGAGUCACACGUUGAGUUUGGGCCCUUGCACAAGAGACAUGACCGUCCAGUGCCACUACUGCACUCACUACUCCUCGGCCAUCAUUGUUGCCUCCUACUUGGUCCGGAUGCCUCCCUUCACCCAGGCCUUCUGCUCUCUGCAGGGUGGAAGCUUUGAUGUGGCGGAUAGAAUGUUCCACAGCAUGAAGAAAGCAUGGGAGUCAGCCUCCAGAGAGAACAUGAGUGACGUCAGGGAGCUGACCCCGGAGUUCUUCUACCUGCCCGAGUUUCUGACCAACUGCAACGCCGUGGAGUUUGGCUGCAUGCAGGACGGGACAGCACUGGGGGACGUGCAACUCCCUCCCUGGGCUGACGGGGACCCACGGAAAUUCAUCAGCCUGCAUAGACAAGCUUUGGAAAGUGACUUUGUCAGUGCCAACCUGCACCACUGGAUAGACCUCAUCUUUGGGUACAAGCAGCAAGGGUCAGCCGCAGUGGAGGCUGUUAAUAUCUUCCACCCCUACUUCUAUGGUGACAAAAUGGACCUCAGCAGCGUCAGUGACCCCCUGAUCAGAAGCACCAUCCUGGGGUUCAUCAGCAACUUUGGACAAGUGCCCAAACAGCUCUUUACUAAACCCCACCCGGCCAGGACCACUGCAGGGAAGGCUUCCCCUGGAAAGGACGCCUCCACACCUGUGAGCGUGCCCGGUCACCCACAGCCCUUUCUCUACAGCCUGCCGUCGCUGAGACCCUCCCAGGUCACAGUCAAAGAUAUGUACCUUUUCUCUCUAGGCUCGGAAUCCCCCAAAGGAGCCAUCGGCCACAUUGUUCCUACGGAGAAGACCAUCCUGGCCGUGGAGACGAACAAGAUGCUGCUGCCUCCUCACUGGAGCAGGACCUUCAGCUGGGGCUUUGACGACUUCAGCUGCUGCCUGGGCAGCUACGGCUCUGACAAGAUCCUGAUGACGUUCGAGAACUUGGCCGCCUGGGGCCGCUGUCUGUGUGCCGUGUGCCCGUCCCCCACGACCAUCGUCACCUCUGGGACCAGCGCCGUGGUGUGUGUGUGGGAACUCAGCAUGGCCAAAGGUCGCACCACAGGCCUGCACCUCAAGCAGGCCUUGUAUGGACACACACAGGCUGUCACAUGCCUGGCAGCAUCGGUAACCUUCAGCCUCCUGGUGAGUGGCUCCCAAGACUGCUCAUGUAUCCUGUGGGACCUGGACCACCUCAGCCGUGUAGCCUGCCUGCCCACCCACAGGGAGAGCAUAUCUGCCGUUGCCAUCAGCGAUGUGUCGGGCACCAUCGUCUCCUGUGCGGGAGCCCACUUGUCGCUGUGGAGUGUCAACGGACAACCCUUGGCCAGCAUUACCACGGCCUGGGGCCCAGGAGGAGUCAUAACCUGCUGCUGCGUGAUGGAGGGGCCGGCAUGGGACACGAGCCAUGCCAUCAUCACAGGGAGUCAGGAUGGCGUGGUCCGGAUCUGGAAGACCGAGGAGCUGAAGAUGUCUGUUCCCGAGCAGGCAGCGCCAGAGGGGCCCUGGGCUCCACCUCCAAGCCCCAGAGGUCACAGGUGGGAGAAGAAUCUUGUCCUCUGCAGAGAGCUGGAUGUCAGCGUUGCCUUGACAGGGAAGCCCAGCAAGGCCAGCUCUGCGGUGACAGCUCUGGCUGUGUCCAGAAACCAGACCAAACUCCUGGUCGGCGAUGAGAGGGGGAGAAUAUUCUGCUGGUCCGCAGAGGGUUAGGAGGCGAGAGCUGGUGGAGGCGCUGGCACGGCAGCCGUGUGCCCUGAGGGGCAGCAACACCAAGCAGAAGGCGCAGACUCAGUGCCAGGGGCGCCAAGGAAACCCCCAGCCUGCCUUCCGAAAGGUCCCCAAGGAUGUGGCCGCUGGCCGCUAGAGCUACACACCCUGAACUUUGGCCUUGGAUUGCACAGGGAUGCACUUCUACAAAGCAGAUACACGCGCCCAUCGGGGCCCGUGAGCAGAGCACUGGAAAGCGUGGCGCGAGGGUGCUAACCAGCGCACGAAAUCACACGUGACUCACUUUUCAUAGGGCUUACUGCACUGGAAAAACACUGGGCCGCUUACUGGAAACUAAUGGGAAAGACUGUAUUGUUGUUAUUUUACUAAAACAACUAUUUUCCAAACACAA